AUGGGCAGGCCUGUGCCCUCCGAGAUGGAGGCCCAUCGUAUCUUGAUCUACUCCCCUGUUCUGAGCGGUCUUUAUCUCUUCCGUCUCCGCACCGAGAUGUACGACGUCAGUCUCGCCGUCGCCAACGCUUGGGGCUCCAUCACGUACACCGCCCACCUGUACAAUGCCUUGCAGAGGCGCCGCCUGUUGGACGGCCCGUGGCCCGAAAUGGAGGUCAUGCUUUCUAUUCUCGGCGACUCCAGUAUCUGGGUGGGGGAUGAGCGCCCAGAGACGAUUGAGGGCUGUUUUCGGAAAUUCUGUCUCCAGAUGGGUGUUUCGGCUGCCUCCUUCACAAAGAACCGCCGACGAAAUGCUGCCGUUGCCUCGCGCGCCGGUCCGCGAGGUAUCAAGGACGGUGCCCCCGUGUCGUCCAUGUUCAAGACCCAGGUUUGCUCCAAGGCUGGUGUCGAGUGGACACCUGAGCUGCUUGAUGAUAUUGUCGCGCGCAGCGCCUAUCAGCAGGAGGGCUCGGUCGACAGCGGAGAUCUGAUCAUGACGCAAAUCGACGAUCCACAAGAGCUCCGGGCGAGGAAUCGACGUCGGCAGCAAAAGGCCAACGCCGAGGCCGCCGGGAAAGACCGAGCCGCCAGUGGCCUCGCCCCCGAGGAACUCGUCACCACACUUGUCAUGGCACUGAACUGCGAGUCUCUCGAGAUGGCGUUCCCCUACUUGGUGAUGCAUCGCUGGUGCUGGAGCCUUCUUCGAUCUGUCAAGGAUGCCUGCGACCCUGUUCUGAGAGAGCUGUACACGGCAGCUUACAUGGACAAGGAGAGUGAGCUGCCUUGGGUGGUUGGUUAUAUUCUCAUGGCUGCGGCUGGUGUUGACGGCGAACCUGACGUGAGACUACUGGAUCUUGCGGCAACGACCUGCAACGGCCUGAUCAGUUCUGAGGCUGGCAGUCUAGCGAUCUCAGUUGCGCGCAUGAUCGGCAAGGACAUUCAGUUUGAGGAGGAAGAGUCGUAG